AUGGAGACUCAACCUUCUCACUUUGAGGAGAACCUUAUCUGUCCUGUUUGCUACAAUGUCUUCAGAGAUCCGGUUCUCCUGCUGUGUUCCCAUACCUUUUGUUUGGACUGUCUGGAGCAGUACUGGGAGCACACAGACUCACAGAUAUGCCCCAUAUGCCGGACAGAAUUCUGCAUGGGCAAUCCUCCAUACAACCUUGCCCUGAAGAACCUGUGUGAGAUCUUCGUACAGGAGAGAAAUAAGAAGGCAUCUGCGGACGAGUUACUCUGCAGUCUCCAUGGAGAGAAACUUAAGCUCUUUUGUCUGGAGGAUAAGCAUCUUGCAUGCAAGAUGUGUGUGAAUGUGGAUGUGCAUGUCAAUCACACAUGCAGACCUCUAGAUGAGGCAGCAGAGGGUCUCAAGGAGGUACUCAAAACACAACUGAAGUCUUUGAUAGAGAAGCUCAAAGUCUUAAAAAAUGAGAAAUUCAUCUGUAAUCAAAGAGCAAAACACAUCAAGAAUCAAGCCCAGCAAACAGAGGCAUGUAUUAAGGAGGAAUUUGACCAGCUUCAUCAGUUUUUACAAGAUGAAAAGGUGGCCAGGUUAGCCACUCUGAGAGAGGAAGAGGAGCAGAAGAGGAAAAUAUUAGAUGAGCAAAUACUCAAAAUUAACUGUGAACUCUCAUCUCUCAAAGAAAGAAUCAGAGCCACUGAGGAAGAGAUACAGUCCAACAAUAUCUCAUUCCUGUUGAACUACAAAGGCCAACUUGAAAUUACUAAGUGCACCAGUCCAGAAUGUCCAGAGAAGCUUCCAGAAGUUCUGAUUGAUGUGGCAAAGCACCUAGGGAAUCUGAAGUUCAACGUGUGGCAGAAAAUGAGGGUUGUCACUCAAUAUAUUCCUGUCAUCCUUGAUCCAAACACUGCUCACCCAUGUCUGCACCUCUCCAACAAUCUGGCUGAUGUGAGAUUUGGUCAGUGGAGUCAACAGGCCCCAGGCUACCCAAAGAAAUGUGACGGGUAUACAAGUGUCCUAGGUUCUAAGGGAUUCAGUGCAGGGACUCACUACUGGGACGUUGAGGUUGGGGACAACACCACCUGGGCCCUGGGAGUCAUCUCAGAGUCUGUGAUCAAGGCAAGAGACAAUCUCCCCAUUUCUGGUUUAUGGCGCUUAGGUUAUCACAACGGUAAAUACGGACAAGGAUUUUCAGGGGAUGUUUUAACACCAUUUGUGGUGAAAGAGAAAGUCCAGCGCAUUAGAGUCUAUCUGGACUUCAACAGAGGAGAAUUGUCGUUUCUCAACCCUCUCAAUGAUACUCAUCUCCAUACCUUUAAACACACCUUCACUGAAAAAGUUUUUCCAUACUUUUGUAAUGUGUGUCCAUGUCAAAUGCUCAGGAUCUUGCCGGUGCAAAACUCUAUCACAGGAAUGUAGUCUGAAGAUAAAGGUGCAUAUUCGCAUUAGCUAGCUGUGCCAAGCAAGCCCAACAGUACAGUUCCAGAAGUAAAAUCCCAUUAAUUUUUGUCCACAGGGAAAUUUAUUUUGUCUAAACCUUGCAAUACAGGCCUAUCAUGAGCUUCAAGCUGUUAACCAAUAAUAUUCUCUAGAAGUCACAAGUCAAUGUGAUUUCUAGCUUUAGAUGAUUAGUGCAUUUUGAUGUUUUCUGUAGAUUCUGGGUUCUGUUGUUUCACUCAUAAAUUAUUUAUGCAUAUAAGCAUAUACUUUUCCCCAAUCAUUGACACUUGCGGCCAAAAGUUUGAAAUAAUGUACAGAUUUUGCUCUUAUGGAGC